ACGAAAGGGGCACUUCCGGUUUUGCAACCCCGGGAGCCGGCGGCGUUGGUCGGCCCUUUAGGGCCUCAUUCGGAAGCUCCGCCUUCGCUUGGGUCUUUCUAAAAAGACAGUGUCGGUCUGGACCGAGUGGGACAGCGUCCCGGGCUCCCUGCGUGUCUCCCAUGGCGGAUACGACCCCGAACGGCCCCCAAGGGGCGGGCGCUGUGCAAUUCAUGAUGACCAAUAAACUGGACACAGCAAUGUGGCUUUCUCGCUUGUUCACAGUGUACUGCUCCGCUUUGUUUGUCCUGCCUCUUCUUGGGUUGCAUGAAGCAGCAAGCUUUUACCAGCGUGCUUUGCUGGCAAAUGCUCUCACCAGCGCUCUGAGGCUGCAUCAGAGAUUACCACACUUCCAGUUAAGCAGAGCGUUCCUGGCUCAGGCCUUGUUAGAGGACAGCUGUCACUACCUGCUGUAUUCACUCAUUUUCGUCAAUUCCUACCCCGUUACAAUGAGUAUUUUCCCAGUCUUGUUAUUUUCUUUGCUUCAUGCUGCCACAUACACUAAGAAGGUCCUUGAUGCAAAGGGUUCAAAUAGUUUACCUCUGCUGAGAUCUGUCUUGGAUAAAUUAAGUGCUAACCAACAAAAUAUCCUGAAGUUCAUUGCUUGCAAUGAAAUAUUCUUGAUGCCUGCUACAGUUUUUAUGCUCUUUAGUGGCCAAGGAAGUUUGCUGCAGCCUUUUAUAUACUAUAGAUUUCUCACUCUUCGUUAUUCCUCUAGAAGAAAUCCAUAUUGUCGGAACUUGUUUAAUGAACUGAGGAUUGUUGUGGAGCACAUUAUAAUGAAGCCCUCCUGCCCACUGUUUGUGAGAAGACUGUGUCUCCAGAGCAUUGCCUUCAUUAGCAGACUGGCACCAACAGUUGCGUAGUCUAACCUCUAGUUAAGCUGUGUGUAGAAGAUAGCAUUAGUAGCUGGCUUGAAAGGUCCUAGAAAUUUGCAGCAGCAGUUCUGAUGCCUUUGAAAGGAUGUGAUUGAAGAUUGAGCAUGUGAUUACACUUUGUAUGUUCUGAAAUAAUGAAGACUAUUCUGUAGAUUACAUGUUUAUCCAGCAAAUAUGAUUCAAAAGGUUAAAUGGAAAGGUUUAUAGGUAAGGUAAUUAAUGGGGAAUAGUUGAGGGGGAUAAUGGAUGUUUCAGCCUGGUAAUGCAUACAUGAGGUUGGGGGGAUUGGAUGUAUAAUGCAUCUGUGAUUGGGGCUGGAUAAUAUGUUCAAGUCUUUUAAUUGAGUUUCCAUCAAUUCCUUUAUAAAAGUCAUUUUGAUCCUUAUUACUGUUGCAUGAUUGGAAAUACUUAAAACAAUGCACAAUUUUAGUAUAGAGUAAUGUAAUGUGGUCUUUUUUUGUGCCCAGUUCUCCUAUCUGCAUGUAAUUUGGAUUUCUCAAUAUGUUCAUUAGUAGCUUGUAACAUAAGUUUUCUUUUUGUUUAAGCUCCUAAUCUAUAGAAAGGUGAUAGUCUUGGGGUAGACUUCCAGAAAAUACUACAUGACAGCUUAGCUUUAACCAGCUACUUUUACAUUUUUAUAAUAUUUAUCUGCCAAGUUGGAGAAGCAACUUGAUAAUAUCCUGUUGAUUUUUUUUUAAUGUAUGUGCCUAGCCUCCUUAUCACUAUAUAUGUAAUCUGAUGGUUUUCAAAAUACAACUUUGUAGAGCAAUAAAGUGACUGUAACGUUAUGUAAACAUGCUGAUUUCUAAGAUGUUUUAAAAUAUUAUCUUGAGUGACAUCGAGUUCUGGCAGCUAAAGGAAUAUUUAUUUUGAAUUUUUUUCUUUUUUUUUUUUUCAAUCUUGGAACAUUUUAGAUUUAUAAGAGGUUCAGAAUAGUACAGAGAGUUCCCAUGUACCUCUUACUUGUCUAUUUUUAUAUUAGCAUCUUUUAAUUAGUAAGACAUUUAUGCAAAGUAAGAUAAUAACCUUGGAUUAACUAAAGUACAAAAUUUAUUUGAAUUUCACCAAUUUUUCUAUCUGUUGUAUGUGUGUGCUGUAUUUGUACCUGGAUUGCCUUUUAUGUUUCAAGGUGUAUAAGUGAGUUUUAGAUCUUUAUAAUAUUGGUCAAAAUAUUUCCUUAGAGGAGCUAAUUCAUGCUGGCUUUAACAAUGUAAUUUCCAAUGUUUAAUGAUAUAAAUUAAGUCUUUUUAAUGAUA